ACAAAAUCUCUCGAGUAAAUCAAUAUUUGAUAAUUUGCAGUACGAUGAACUGGAAAUGAAGAGAAACUUGCACAAGACGGCCGGCGAGCCGGUCUGGCUGAACCUGAGCAACAACUUGUUGCGCGUUAUCGAAGUGUUACCCAGUGACGUCAAGCAAUGCAUAGAAGACGCAUCUUCAACACCCAGCGAUACCGAUGUUCUUGCGCGAGCACCAGUGCAGUUAAAACUGAACGCACUGACGUGCGAUUGCGGCGCUUACUGGCUGCGUGAGUCUCUGCGUGUCUGCUCAAUGUUGGAGCUCGAAGACGACGUCCCAUGCGAAUCGGUGCCUGUGCCCGCACGCGCCACGCUACUCGCUCACGGACCUGAUGAAAUUCUCUGCCCGUAUGACGGCUUCUGUUUGCCAGAGUGUUCGUGCGAAAAACGUCCACGCGACAACGCGACGGUAGUUAGGUGCGCGAGCGCGUUGCCACAGGCGCCUCGCUGGCCGCCGGCAGUACCAGACUUCCCGCUGGCGCUGCACGUGGCACCCGGUAUACUAGACGCCGUGCCACGCCUCGCACUCGUCGAGCUCCAUGCACCCAAUAACAACAUCUCCAACAUUGACGAAGCGGACAUACCUGAAACCCUGCGCGUAUUAGACGUGCGUAAUAACAGUAUCGCACACAUCACACUAGCCGCAGCUCAAUUACUUGGUGGUGAACAUGCUACAGGGAAGAACCGAUCUGUGUUCCUCGCCGGAAACCAGUUAACAUGCAAUUGUGCUGAUGCACCUGCGUUUAGCCUCCUGAAACGAGUGGUACUUGAUUGGGAUACAACACAGUGCGUGGAUAAGAGUUAUGUUUCUUUGAAAACGAAAAACGAGCUGUGUGCCAGUCUUCUGCUGCCGAUACUGUUUGGUGUAGCAGUCCCGUUAUUGACGUUGGUAGUGGCCGGUUUAAUACUGCAACGUCUGUUGCCACGACUCAAGCAACUAUUGUUUAAACGUAACCUAUGCCUCCGCUGGAUUCUCAGUGCUAACGACAAAGUUAACGACCCGGACAAGACGCAUGAUGUAUUCCUGUCAUAUGCCUAUGAUGAUCUUGAAAGGCUUAAUGAACUAAAGAGUGGAUUGGAGAAACUCGGGUACUCUACAAUAGAACACUGUCGUGAUUGGCAACCUGGGGACGCUGUGAUGGAACAGAUUGCCCGCUCGGUGCUGUGUGCUCGCCGCACACUUUUGCUAGUUUCAGAUAACUACGCCAAGUCUAAGUGGGCGCUGGAAGAGUUCCACGCUGCCCACGCGCAUGCGAUGGAGCGCCGAACAGCACGGGUGCUGAUAGUCCGUUGCGGUUUGAAUAAACCUGAAGUACUGCCUUCGGAUCUGCAGCUUUACCUCUUUAAUAAUACAUACCUGGCUUGGGAAGACCCUAAAUUUUGGUAUAAGCUGUACCGCGUCAUGCCUCCUCUGCGUGAAGACUCCAAAUCUAUGCAAUUAAUGCUUAAUAAUAUAAAUCCUCCAACUGUAUUUUUGAAAGAAGAUAUAAAAACAAAUGCUUCAUUUCCACAGAAGAAACCGUUUGAACAUCAGUUAGUAAUCGUUCGACAGCCUGAUACUGUCCCCUGCGCCUGUUGAGAAUAAAAGUUAUUACGUAGGUAACUCGAAAAGCGACGAGUA